CAGCUUUGCCCACGACCUCAUACACUUGCAUGGAUCACUGAACGAUCGUCUUUUGCAUUGUCCAGCCCGGCGCUGCGGUGUGCUUGCCGUCAGUCAAUCUUCUGCGGUGUCGUCGUGCUGCGUUGACCUACCUGCUCGCUCGUUCUUGCCCUGGUGCUCGUGCCCCAACCCGACCGUCUUGUCCUUUGUGCGAUAGGUAGGUAGCGUAAGGAAAGAAAGCCUGAUCGAUGUUCAGGCACGAUGGAUGGCGGUAUCAACGCAGACCAGAACUUCUACUCUAGGCGCCCAAACUCCUCCUCCCCCGAACAUCAACAGCCUCAUCGAUACGAACCUCCCCCUCUACCCGAUUUCGAAGCUCGCACCCCCCAAUUGCCACCCAAGCUACCCUUCCUCACGAGCCAAAACCUGCAAGCGAUAGAACGGAACACAAAUGGAUAUGCAGGAGCAGGAGCAUUGAGUAAUGGAGGAGAGCACGAUCCGGACGACUUCUACCGAGAUUAUCGUGGUGUUCAGCAAGCUUCACACAACUAUUCAGACAACUCGGCAUCAGGCAUGGCGGCCACAGCAUCGGAGUCACGACCUCUGCAGUCUUCAUUACGGUCGAAUGGAAACGGAACCACCCCCAAGCAUCCAUCACUGGCACAAGCCAGAAAUCAACUGAAGCCGUCGUCAUAUCGAUCUGCCUCCUCACCUUUAGAAGACCGACCCGGACUCAACAAUGCAAAAUCGACGCCCGCUCUCAAUGGGUACUCACGGCAGCCUAGUGUCAGUGUCAAAGCGAUCUCGAAGCAGUUUGAGAAGAACACGGAAUCGUCAACGUCUGUUGCCCGAAAGCCUUCACCCAGAAUUAACACCAGUGCAACAGCUCCGGCAUAUCUGCGAGAUCGAGGAGGAUACCAGGCUCGAAAUGCGAAUACUCCUACACCAAGUACAUCACGAGCAGGAACGGCAACCCGGGAAGCAGGGAAACAGAAGUCACCAGUAUCAACCAGACCUACUCAACGUACUCGAUUUGCAGCCGAGGAUCAACACUCAAAUAACACUCUUUCUGGGACUGCACGGAUAUCAAGGCCUCGGAAUGGCGCUUCGGGCAUCAAUCCUCAAGCUUCGAAGUCUAUGAGCAACCUUUCUCCUACCUCUCCAACCUCUCCUCAGACACAAACAAGUCGACCUCUGUUUGGCGAAGUCGUACCUAAUGAACAGGGAAUAUCAAGUAUAGGUUAUGGCAUCCCUCACGCCGCAACUCGCAGGACAUCUGACUCCAGCUUACACCCUAGCUGGCAGCAACAUUCGCGAAGUAAAUCCAACGACAUCUCACCUACAUCUCCCGACGCAUGGUAUAAGGGAGAAACAGAUUUGGACCAUGUUGACCCCAACAAGCCCCGACCUCGCUCUCAUAAUCGUAAUCACAGCGACUUCCCAGACUCGAAAGUUAAUACGAUGAAUGGUGUCACUCCAUCGUUUCAGACUUCAAACCCGCCCGCUUCUGUGCAAGCUCCCACUCGAUUACCAGGACCAUCAAAAAGACAGAGCACCUCUUCCACGUCGUCGAUACCGUCAACACGGUCUAAUUCGCCCUUUACGUCGAACCGGAUCACAAACUCUAAGCUGCGCAAGCCUGAGCAACGACCGUGGAGUCCGGCAGCCCGUGCGAACACGCCCACGUCCCGCGCAAAGACCCCGACAACUCGUCACUCUCCUCGAGGGAAGGGUCGGGAUCCAGAGAAAUCAACAUCAAACAAUGCCAGUCUCAAGGCUUAUAUUUCCGCCCCUCCACCGAAGACAUCCCCACCUCUGCGAAGCUCACGGCCCCGACAGCCCGUAUCAUCCGCAACUACUGCAACUCCGCGACAGAAGGCUGUUGAUAGGUCUGGCUCUCCACAACACGUCAGGACUGGCAUGAAAGUUACUCGAAAUAAUGGGGAGGGCUUCACAGCACGGGAGCGGGAGCGCAAGAUAUCGGAUGUACCUCUCACGGCUGUCGACUUUGCUGCUCGGAGGCAAUUGAUACAGAGGGCUUACACGAAGUCAAUCCACGAGAGCGAGCAAAAGGAGAUCCGCGCAGCCAAUCUGCGACGAUUGAGUGAGAGACAGGCGAGAGCUUCAUUAGCAGCCCAGGAGAGUGAAAAGGCCUCGCACAAUGUUGAAAAGGAUGAAGAACCUGUUUUGGCAGAAGCACAGCCAAUACUCGAGGCACCGGCUGAGACGAAGCCUUCACCAAAACCUCUACAGAUUUCUACAUCAUUCCCAAGGCCCGAGGUCCCACCUGCGACAGCACACAGAGCUGAAAUUGAUCAAGACUCUCCCACAUUGGGGAUGCCGGGAAGCUUUGUUGAGGAUGAGGAGCCUGCGUCCGCCAUCUCGUGCGCAACAGGAAUUACGGAAUUUGACAAUGAGCCGCAGACGGAAGCCCCGAGGUUGAGUCUGUUACCAUCACGGCCUGAUGGUUUCUCUGGUCACAUUUCAUAUACUGAGGAUUUGAUGAGUCCGGAGCAGGCAUAUUUCGGUAUGCAAAACAUGAGUUCCCCCGAUAACGAAUCGAUACGAAUCAUGCUAGAUGGAACACCCGUGGAAGAGCAUCAACCUGAAUCAACACCUACGAACGAUGUUUUUGCACGAGAUCCAUCACCUCCAGGUGCAUAUCAGCAGUCUCCAGAAGUUGCAGAGGAGCUACCCAUAUUUGCCUCGACCGUUACCACCGCAAGUCCCAAGCAAACUACACCUGUACAUUCUAGGCCUCAGUCCCCGCUAGGUUCUUGUGACGAGCAAAUCAGCAACGACGAGAGUCCGAUUUUACCCAACGAAACUGUACUUCCACAGCAUGUUGAGCAUGAUGUACAAAUCCAUGUCGCACCCGAAAUAUCAUUUCCCGACGAAGUCAACUACGUGGAACCUCAAGAGCAUGCAACCAGGCUUGAGCUUCCGACGUUACGCACUGCUCUAGCUCCUUCUGUCAUGAUAAACAGAUUAAGUCAAGAAUUUCUCAACACCCCUGUGACCGAUAUUGAUUAUGAAAGUUCGGAUGGGCUUGCACAGAUUAGCGGUGGUGAGGGCGACUUGUAUGACAGAGAAUACAUGGACCGUCCUCGAGACGACGAAGACUCGGGUCGAAAUUUCCGCUCAAGUCAUCAAUCUGCUUGGACAGAUUACUCUGUGGGCACAAAUGAUGAAUAUUCAGAACGAGAGGGGUAUUCUCGUCCCGUCACAACUUACGAGACUGAGGAUAAGCCAGUCCCGCCGCCAAAAGAGCUGUCCUCGGUGGUUCCACCCAAACCAGAAGGCUACAGCCCAUUGCCGUCUCCUCGAUUCCCUCCACAAUCAUCACAGCUCUCAAUUCGGCAUCAACUUCCCCCUCUGACUACUGGGGAAGGUCUCGGCCUCGGUUUCUCUGACUCGUCUCAUGACUUCGGCAGCUCAACAUCAAUUCCUCUAUGGCCAGAGUACUCUCCGCCUCCAGUUCCACUUGCAGAUGAUGCAUCACCAGCGCCUCCAAGUAGGACACCUCCUCCACCGACUACCACAUCGAGUAUGCGCCCAGCAUCAAGCUUGUACCAGUCCAGCCAGAACGACAAUGGUAGAUACACAGAGUCGAGAAGAGCGAGCGAUGAUUUGUACUCUCCCAGAGCUUCUUUAUCAACACCUAGAUCUAGUACACAGAUAUCGUUUGAUGAUGCAACAAUCGAAUCAUCUUCGAAAUCUACAGCUGUGCCAGAGCCAAGUUUGGAAACUGAAGAGGAGAAGAAGGCUGCCGAGAAGACGAGGAAGCGUUUAUAUCAACGGAAGAUGGUCAUCAAAGAGUUGAUUGAGACAGAGUCAGUGUACUUGAAAGAUAUGAAUGUCGUCGAGGAGAUCUACAAAGGGACAGCAGAGGCAUGCCCCAAGCUUGAUCAUUCCGAUGUCAAGACUAUCUUCCGAAAUACAGCUGACAUCAUCGCCUUUUCAGCCAAGUUCUUGGACGAGCUCAAAUCCGCUGCGUCGAGCAUCUAUUCUCCUCGUUCACGUGCCAGACAAAGCAAAGCCGUAGCUCCUUCUGGAUCGUCAACCUCACCCACUGUCUCUGACAGGUUCUCAAUUGCUGCAACUUUGACAGACGAGUCGGACGAUGAGAAAGACCGGAAAACUUUCAUUGGUGCCACCUUCAGCAAGCAUUUGAAGAAGAUGCAAGCAAUCUACACGGAUUAUCUCAAGCAUAGCGAAAUCGCCAGCUCCCGCCUUGCGACAUUACAGCAAGAUGCCGCAGUUCAAGUCUGGUUGAGUGAGUGCAAUCUUGUUGCUAAGGAUCUGACAAAGGCCUGGGAUCUUGAUGCACUUCUGGUGAAGCCUGUACAACGUAUCACUCGAUAUCAGCUACUUCUCAAGGAACUCGCCGAGAGCACACCUGAAGAUCAUCCGGACUAUGAAGCCUUGAAGUCUGCUCGAGAAGAGCUUCUUAUUCUACUGCAGGGUAUCGACGAAAUGAAGAAACGACUCCACGUGGUCAGCCAGAUCGUAGGCCGGAAACGCAAGGAGUCAGACGUACGCACUAACCUUGCAAAGGCCUUUGGUCGACGAGCUGAAAAGCUUCAAUCGAAUGCAAAUCGACCUCCAGAAGAUGAGGCCUACCAAGCAUUGCACAAUACCUUUGGUGUUGAGUUCCUGCGCCUACAAGUUGUCCUUCGCGAUGUUGAAGAUUACGCCCGGCACCAGAAGGAGUAUGUUGCAAAGACUUUGCAAUAUUUCUCUUCCAUGGAAUUGAUCAUGCGGAUGAGUGCAAGCAAAUAUCCAGAAAUUGAGAGCAAAUGGGUUCGCUUCAACCUCUCAAUGCGGGAUAUGGGAACCAUUGCCAUUGACGAUCAUAUUGGUGCGAUACAACGAGAAGUGGUUGAGCCGCUGGAGAAGGUCAUUCAAAUGUACAAUAAGCCCGGCGAUGCAAUGCAGAAGCGGAACAAACGCCGUCUCGAUUAUGAGAAGUCACUCAGCUACAAGUCGCAAGGAAAGAAGAUUGACGAAAAAUUGGCAGCCCAGGUCGCACAGUAUGAGGCUCUCAACGAGACGCUCAAGAUUGAGUUGCCGAAGCUGUCGGCUCUGACCAAAAGCCUUGGUAGACUCUGUCAGAUUCGUCUCCUUUUCUUGAAGACUGAAUGGUAUGGAAUUUGGCAGAAAAAGUUGAGUGGAGUUCUCGAAGCCAGCCAAAUCCCGAAAGACAACAACGACAUUCUCGAGAUGUUUCACAGGGACUUCAAAUACACAGAAGUCAAGUUGAAGGAACUAGGAAUCAACAAUGGCUCGUUCGGUAAUGGUGGUGUUACCAGAGGCUCACAGUCGACGCAAGACGAUGAAUCGCGAAGAGCUCGGCCCUCCAAUCUCUCCAAUCGAUCUCGUGGACUAUCCAUCAACAGCGACAAGUCCCCGAGUCUUCCAACUCCGGAGUUUGCCAAGCGUAACAGUGGUCAAUUCUCCUUUUCUCCUCUCAUGUCGAAUGGUCCAGGUCUUCCUCAGUUCGCGUACCAAAACAUGCCUUACUCGAAUGGUCACUCUCGAGCGGGUUCUGGGUCUCCUGCGACUCCUGAUACUGCUUCCAGUUCACGGCCUCAUCAUGGAACCAUGGUAAGGCCAGGUACAUCCCGCAGUCACACUUCGGAUACUGGAAUGGCCAGAGGCAACAGUGAUUACAAUACCCCUCAUCGACGGGAGUCCGGCUCGACAUACAACUCUCACUGGGAACCGCCAAGUUCUAGACCAUAUUCCGGAUUGUUCCAUUCUGCUAUGCCGAUGCCAGAUGGUCCUGAGGAGAGUCAACGAUCUUCGAGAGCUUCCUCUCGUGACCGAAACAUCUCUGGGGGGUACAAUGUCUUGUAUCUUGCUGCUAGUUUGUUCGAGUUCAACAUCAGUGCCACAAAAUCUGAGGCAGGCUACCCGUACCUGACAUAUCAAGCUGGUGAAAUAUUUGAUGUCAUUGGUGAAAAGGGCGAGCUCUGGCUGGCAAAGAACCAAGACGACCCUUCUGACGAGGUUGGAUGGAUCUGGUCGAAACACUUUGCACGCCUGGCUGCCGACUAAAAGUUCCAUGUGCUCUUUUGUAAUAAUGGCGUUUCGAAAAACGGAUCUGAGUUUCGAAAGGCGGAGUUUGUAAUAGGGUAGAUCAUCGGAUGAUAAUCUAGUAUGGUUGAUACAG